AUGGUACACUCAUGGUACACUCAUGAGACAGAGGAGACAGAGGAGACAGAGGACACACAGGAGACAGAGGAGACACAGGAGACAGAGGAGACACAGGAGACCGAGGACACAGGAGACAGGAGACAGAGGACACAGAGGAGACAGAGGACACAGGAGACAGAGGACACAGUACACAGGAGACAGAGGACACAGAGGAGACAGAGGAGACACAGGAGACAGAGGAGACACAGGAGACAGAGGACACAGGACACAGGAGACAGAGGACACAGAGGACACAGGAGACAGAGGACACAGAGGAGACAGAGGACACAGGAGACAGAGGACACAGAGGAGACACAGGAGACAGAGGACACAGGAGACACAGGAGACAGAGGACACAGGACACAGAGGAGACAGAGGAGACACAGGAGACAGAGGACACAGGAGACAGAGGACACAGAGGAGACAGAGGACACAGAGGACACCGGAGACAGAGGACACCGGAGACAGAGGACACAGGAGACAGAGGACACAGGAGACACAGGAGACAGAGGACACAGGAGACAGAGGACACAGGAGACAGAGGAGACAGAGGACACAGGAGACACAGGAGACGGAGGACACAGGAGACAGAGGACACAGGAGACAGAGGACACAGGAGACAGAGGACACAGGAGACAGAGGACACAGGAGACAGAGGACACAGAGGAGACAGAGGACACAGAGGACACCGGAGACAGAGGACACCGGAGACAGAGGACACAGGAGACAGAGGACACAGGAGACACAGGAGACAGAGGACACAGGAGACAGAGGACACAGGAGACAGAGGAGACAGAGGACACAGGAGACACAGGAGACGGAGGACACAGGAGACAGAGGACACAGGAGACAGAGGACACAGGAGACAGAGGACACAGGAGACAGAGGAGACAGGAGACAGAGGACACAGGAGACAGAGGACAGAGGACACAGGAGAGAGGACACAGGAGACAGAGGACACAGGAGAGAGGACACAGGAAAGAGAGGACACAGGAGACAGAGGAGACAGAGGACACAGGAGACAGAGGACACAGUGAGACACAGGAGAGAGGACACAGGAGAGAGGAGACAGAGGACACAGGAGAGAGGACACAGAGGACACAGGAGACAGAGGACACAGGAGACAGAGGACACAGUACACAGGAGACAGAGGACACAGAGGAGACAGAGGAGACACAGGAGACAGAGGAGACACAGGAGACAGAGGACACAGGACACAGGAGACAGAGGACACAGAGGACACAGGAGACAGAGGACACAGAGGACACAGGAGACACAGGAGACAGAGGACACAGAGGAGACAGAGGACACAGGAGACAGAGGACACAGAGGACACAGGAGACAGAGGACACAGGAGACACAGGAGACAGGAGAGAGGACACAGGAGACAGAGGACACAGGAGAGAGGACACAGGAAAGAGAGGACACAGGAGACAGAGGAGACAGGACACAGGAGACAGAGGACACAGUGAGACACAGGAGAGAGGACACAGGAGAGAGGAGACAGAGGACACAGGAGAGAGGACACAGAGGACACAGGAGACAGAGGACACAGGAGAGAGGACACAGAGGACACAGGAGACAGAGGAGACAGGACACAGAGAGGACACAGAGGAGACACACAGAUAG